CCGAGCAGCCCUCGCUCCCGCCGCCCGCCCGCCACCCGCCAGCCCAGGUGCCCGCCCGCCUGUCCGCACGUCCGUUUGUCUGCGCGUCCGUUUGUUGGCGCGUCCGAAGACCUCAGCCCCCGAGCGCUCGGGGCCGAGAGCCGGGAGGCAGGGGCGCAGCGCGGGGCUCCGAGCCCUGAGAUCGCGGGACGGGGCCCGGCCGCGGUGGCCCGGAGUCGGGGCCGCCUCCACCGGGCCGCGCCACCGGAUUUGUAGCGGCAGAGGCCGCGCUCCCCUCCUGGGGCUGUUUCGAGGGCCCUCCCGGGGCUGUUUGAGGGCCCUCCCGGGCGGAGUCUGUGGCCAGUGGUCCGCCGGCGUAGAAGAGAAGGACGUGCGGCCCCAAGUGCCUCUCGGGCGGCCGCUUUGGAGCAUGCACCCCGCGGGCCAGCGCCGCGCGCUCUGAUCCUCCCGGACCCCGCGCUCCCACAGCUAUGGGCGCUGGGGGCAGGCGGGGGGCGGCGGCCCUGCCGCUGCUGGUGGCCGUUGCCGCGCUGCUGGUGAGCGCCGCGGGCCACCUGUACCCUGGAGAGGUGUGCCCAGGGAUGGAUAUCCGGAAUAACCUUACACGGCUGCACGAGUUGGCCAACUGCUCGGUCAUCGAAGGACAUUUGCAGAUCCUGUUGAUGUUCAAAACGCGGCCCGAGGAUUUCCGAGACCUCAGUUUCCCCAAACUCAUCAUGAUCACUGAUUACUUGCUGCUCUUCCGGGUCUACGGGCUGGAGAGCCUGAAGGACCUGUUCCCCAACCUCACCGUCAUCCGGGGCUCACGCCUCUUCUUUAACUAUGCGCUGGUCAUCUUUGAGAUGGUUCACUUGAAGGAGCUUGGCCUCUACAAUUUGAUGAACAUCACCAGGGGUGCUGUCCGCAUCGAGAAGAACAAUGAGCUCUGCUACCUGGCGACCAUUGACUGGUCGCGCAUCCUGGACUCUGUGGAGGAUAAUUACAUUGUGCUGAACAAAGACGACAACGAGGAGUGUGGGGACAUUUGCCCAGGCACUGCGAAGGGCAAGACCAAUUGCCCUGCCACCGUCAUCAAUGGGCAAUUUGUCGAGCGGUGUUGGACGCACAGUCACUGCCAGAAAGUGUGCCCGACCAUCUGUAAGUCGCACGGCUGCACUGCUGAGGGCCUCUGCUGUCACAGCGAGUGUUUGGGCAACUGCUCUGAGCCAGACGACCCCACCAAGUGCGUGGCCUGCCGCAACUUCUACCUGGACGGCAGAUGCGUGGAGACCUGCCCGCCCCCCUACUACCACUUCCAAGACUGGCGCUGCGUGAACUUCAGCUUCUGCCAGGACCUGCACAACAAAUGCAAGAACUCAAGGAGGCAGGGCUGCCACCAGUACGUCAUUCACAACAACAAGUGUAUCCCUGAGUGCCCCUCAGGGUACACGAUGAAUUCCAGCAACUUGAUGUGCACUCCGUGCCUAGGCCCCUGUCCCAAAGUGUGUCACCUCCUGGAAGGCGAGAAGACCAUCGACUCAGUGACAUCCGCCCAGGAGCUCCGAGGCUGCACCAUUAUCAACGGGAGCCUAAUCAUCAACAUUCGAGGAGGCAACAACCUGGCAGCCGAACUAGAGGCCAACCUUGGACUCAUUGAGGAGAUUUCAGGGUACCUGAAAAUCCGCCGAUCCUAUGCCCUCGUGUCACUUUCCUUCUUCCGGAAGUUGCGUCUGAUCCGAGGGGAGACGUUGGAAAUUGGGAACUAUUCUUUCUAUGCCUUGGACAACCAGAACCUAAGGCAACUGUGGGACUGGAGCAAACACAACCUCACCAUCACUCAGGGGAAACUCUUCUUCCAUUAUAAUCCCAAACUCUGCUUGUCGGAAAUUCACAAGAUGGAGGAAGUUUCUGGAACCAAGGGGCGCCAGGAGAGAAAUGAUAUUGCCCUGAAGACCAAUGGGGACCAGGCGUCCUGUGAAAAUGAGUUACUUAAAUUUUCUUACAUUCGGACAUCUUAUGACAAGAUCUUGCUGAAGUGGGAGCCGUAUUGGCCCCCCGACUUCCGAGACCUCCUGGGGUUCAUGCUCUUCUACAAAGAGGCCCCUUAUCAGAACGUGACGGAGUUUGACGGGCAGGAUGCGUGUGGCUCCAACAGCUGGACGGUGGUGGACAUUGACCCGCCUACGAGGUCCAAUGACCCCAAGUCCCAGAACCAUCCUGGGUGGCUGAUGCGUGGUCUCAAGCCCUGGACCCAGUAUGCCAUCUUUGUCAAGACUUUGGUCACCUUUUCUGAUGAACGACGCACCUAUGGAGCCAAGAGUGACAUCAUCUACGUCCAGACAGAUGCCACAAAUCCUUCCGUCCCCCUGGAUCCCAUCUCGGUUUCUAAUUCCUCGUCCCAGAUCAUUCUGAAGUGGAAGCCCCCCUCUGACCCCAACGGCAACAUCACACACUACCUGGUGUUCUGGGAGAGGCAGGCGGAGGACAGUGAGCUGUAUGAACUGGAUUAUUGCCUCAAAGGGUUGAAGCUGCCCUCCCGGACCUGGUCCCCACCAUUCGAGACUGAGGGGUCCCAGAAGCACAAUCAGAGUGAGUACGAGGAAUCCUCUGGGGAAUGCUGCUCCUGCCCAAAGACCGACUCACAGAUCCUCAAGGAGCUGGAGGAAUCAUCAUUCAGGAAAACGUUUGAAGAUUACCUACACAAUGUGGUAUUCAUCCCCAGAAAAUCCUCUUCAGGCCCUGCUGCCGAGGACGCUAGGCCAUCCAGGAAACGCAGGGCCCUUGGUGACGUGGGGAACAUAACGGCGGCCGUGCCCACCAUUCCGGGUUUCUCCAACACCUCCUCCACCAGCACUCCCACGAGCUCAGAGGAGCACAGACCCUUUGAGAAGGUGGUGAACAGAGAGUCACUGGUCAUCUCUGGCCUGCGUCACUUCACUGGCUAUCGCAUUGAGCUGCAGGCUUGCAACCAAGAUGCCCCCGAAGAGAGGUGCAGUGUGGCUGCGUAUGUCAGCGCCAGGACCAUGCCUGAAGCCAAGGCAGAUGAUAUCAUUGGCCCUGUGACCCAUGAAAUCUUCGAGAACAACGUCGUUCACUUGAUGUGGCAGGAGCCGAAGGAACCCAAUGGUCUGAUUGUGCUGUACGAAGUGAGUUACCGACGAUACGGUGAUGAGGAGCUGCAUCUCUGCGUCUCCCGCAGGCAUUUUGCUCUGGAGCGAGGCUGCAGGCUACGCGGGCUGCCACCUGGGAAUUACAGCGUUCGAGUUCGGGCCACCUCCCUGGCGGGUAAUGGCUCCUGGACAGAGGCCACCUAUUUCUACGUGACAGACUAUUUAGACGUCCCAUCAAAUAUUGCAAAAAUUAUCAUUGGCCCCCUCAUCUUUGUCUUUCUCUUCAGUGUUGUGAUUGGAAGCAUUUAUCUAUUCCUGAGGAAGAGGCAGCCGGAUGGGCCACUGGGACCAUUGUAUGCUUCUUCGAACCCCGAGUACCUCAGUGCCAGCGAUGUAUUUCCAUGUUCUGUGUACGUGCCGGACGAGUGGGAGGUGCCUCGGGAGAAGAUCACGCUCCUGCGCGAGCUGGGGCAGGGCUCCUUCGGCAUGGUGUACGAGGGAAACGCCAGGGACAUCGUCAAGGGUGAGCCGGAGACCCGUGUGGCGGUGAAGACGGUCAACGAGUCGGCCAGCCUGCGAGAGCGGAUCGAGUUUCUCAACGAGGCCUCCGUCAUGAAGGGCUUCACCUGCCACCAUGUGGUCCGCCUCCUGGGGGUGGUGUCCAAAGGCCAGCCAACACUGGUGGUGAUGGAGUUGAUGGCUCACGGAGACUUAAAGAGUUACCUGCGUUCCCUGCGGCCGGAGGCUGAGAAUAACCCCGGCCGCCCUCCCCCUACCCUGCAAGAGAUGAUUCAGAUGGCAGCAGAGAUUGCUGAUGGGAUGGCAUACCUGAACGCCAAGAAGUUUGUACACCGGGACCUCGCCGCACGAAAUUGCAUGGUCGCCCAUGAUUUUACCGUCAAAAUCGGAGACUUUGGAAUGACCAGAGACAUCUACGAAACGGAUUACUACCGGAAAGGGGGCAAGGGUCUACUGCCCGUGCGAUGGAUGGCACCCGAAUCCCUGAAGGACGGGGUCUUUACCACUUCUUCCGACAUGUGGUCCUUUGGCGUCGUCCUUUGGGAAAUUACCAGCUUGGCAGAACAGCCUUACCAAGGCCUUUCAAACGAGCAGGUGUUGAAAUUUGUCAUGGAUGGAGGCUAUCUGGAUCAACCUGACAAUUGUCCAGAGAGAGUCACCGACCUGAUGCGCAUGUGCUGGCAGUUCAACCCCAAGAUGCGGCCGACCUUCCUGGAGAUUGUUGACCUGCUCAAGGACGACCUGCACCCCAGCUUUCCCGAAGUCUCCUUCUUCCACAGCGAGGAGAACAAAGCACCCGAGAGCGAGGAGCUGGAGAUGGAGUUUGAGGACAUGGAGAGCGUCCCCCUGGACCGGUCCUCACACUCGCAGAGGGAGGAGGCCGGGGGUCGGGAUGGAGGGUCCGCGCUGGGGCUAAAGAGGAACUAUGAGGAGCACAUCUCCUACACCCACAUGAACGGAGGCAAGAAAAAUGGCCGGAUUCUGACUCUGCCCCGGUCAAAUCCUUCCUAACAGGCCCUGCUCAGGACCGAGGGUUUCCUGUCUUCGCUUUCCUCUGGUUUGAAGGCCUUCAGACAACUCAGGAUUUUCGCUGGACUCUGCCACAGUGUCACACGGAGCUCAGAGAUCAUUAUUAUCCAUUUCUGCUCAUCUUCUGACUUCAAACACAUUGGUUCAAUUGCCAAUUUGACUAGUCAUCUGAGAAGUUAACUGUGAACCUAGAGGGGAAAGGGGUCUCUACCGCUGCUGUCCUUUGGGGCCACUGCGGUUACUUUUUCUUCCCCUGGUAGAUUGAAAGAAAGCACCUGUUUUUACAAAUAAUUUUUUUUUCUCUUCUUUUUUCUUUUUCCUUUUUUUUUUUUUUUUUUUUUUUUUUUGCUGGUGUCUGAGCUACAAUAUAAAACAUAAAUCUUGUUUGUGGAACAAAAUUUGGAAAGAAAGAAAGGAAAGAAAAAAAAAAAAACCUCCAACCCUGUUCUGGUAGAAUUCCACACUUGAUGGAGUGGGCUUCAGGAAAGGUUUUCUCAAGCAGGUGGAAGGAGUUUUUUUUUUUUUCCAGCACAAAAUCAGUUCCUCAAAUUGACCAAUAGCUGCUGCUUUUGUACUUUUGAUAUGGAUCUGCAGUCCCGGCGUGUGGCUCACGUGUGUACUCUGUGUGUGUGUGCGCGCGCGCGCACGCGCGCCUGUGCUUAUGUGUGUGUUCAAAUUAUGCGUGCCGAGUUGACUCUUUGGGGAUCAGCCCAGGAAGGUUCUGCUCUUCAGGAGUGUGUGAGCCUCUGAUCCCCUCCGCCUCCUUCUUAUCUGCUGGGAGACUGUGCCCUCAAUAGAUCCUUCUUCUGUCCCAUAGCCUCAGGAGUCUUCUCUCCCUACACUUUGAUGAAAAAUGUUUUCUGGGAGCCAAGGGAGUCAUUUGGAGUGAUCAUGGAUCUUUUCAAGACCAAACAAAGCCAGGACAUUAAAAAAAAAAAAAAAGAAAGAAAAGAAAAAAAAAGAGAAGAAAGAAAGAAAAAUGAAAAAAAAAAAAAAAAAGAACUGAGAUGACAAGAGUUUUGAGAAUAUAUUUGUAACGUAUUUAAUUUUUAAAAAAAUCUCCAGCAUCAGCCUCGUAAGUUAUUGACCAAGUCCUGGGGGAGGGAGGGGGGCAGAAUAUGUGUGGGGGUAGGGGGGUAGGGCUUGUGAAUUGGCCUGCUUGUGGGGGGAGGGGAAGCAAGGAACCCAUGGCCCCUCAGCUUGGUCUUCAGAGGCAUCCAUUUUUUCUGGGACUGAAGCCACGUUAGCUGCUAACCCUGCCGGCUGUCAUCAUGAGGCCACACUGAGGGUGUGGGUGGUUGGUUGUGAUGGAGGGUUUGGUGUGUGCUCUGGUUAAGCCGAGCCCUGCCUGUGAACCCACUCGGAGCUCCUGGAUCUUCUGGUUCCCUGUACGUACCUCCCACACUCCCUCCACUGGGGGGUUCCUGGUCUCCCGUGACAGUGCAAACACAACACCAUCAAGCCCCAGAGGGGGACGGCACCUACGGACCUUGAGAACACUAGCAAUAUGAAGAUGUGCCUGUCGGUCCCCUCUGUCCUCAGGGCAUCCGACUGUCCUCAGAACUGACUUCCCAGAAGCUGCUCUGCACCCAGUGACCUCAGCUGGGCCAGGGGUGGGGCCUGAGCUAAACUCUCAGGUACUCAUGACAUUGCAGCCUGAAGGCAGUAAAGAGGAGAAGAAACUGCUGGGAACCCACACUGCAGAGAACUUCCAGAUCAGGCUCCAAGCCAGUUUCUUCUUGUGGGGGAAGAACCUACAGCUGCUCAAAGAACACGGGGAACUCAUCGCUUUGGUUCAUCCAAAUCCUCACCCGAGGGUCAUCCAUUUCUUGCACCUUUUUGAUGGCUUCCUUCUCUUCUUCUCUUAAGAGUCGUGGGCUUAGGAGCAGGAUAGAGAUGCAAUGGUAACCUCCGCACCUUCUCAGUUCUUGCAGAAGGACCCAGGUAGACACACCUCCCAGUUGCCUAUGGCGAUCUUAUUGAUGUGAUUUGAGAAAUGACAGCAUGUAAAAAUAUCUCUGGGGAGCCUCAGUGUUUGGGUACAAGGAGCACAGAAAUUAUUUUCGCCAAAUUGAUUUUGUACAUAGAAGAAGGGUCCGGAUAUAAAUUAAAACACAUAGCUCUAGGUAUUUCGUUCUUUUCGUAGGAAAUUUGUAGUGGCCACGUGCUACACUAGCAGCAAUUUUCACAUUUUUCUAAUUCAGAAAGGUUUUCUUAUAUUAGGGGAAAAUUAUUUAUUUUAAUAUAUAAAAGAAUCACUGUACAAAUCGCUUUCGUAAGAAAUGGAGUGCAUGUAAAUUUUUUUUCAACGAAAAAUAAACAGGUGAAUGUGGGGUAAUAAUUUUUUUCCAGCACAGUCUACCUCAGUGUAUUGUUAGGAUGUGGUUCAAUAAUGGAUAUCUUUUGAGACUUCAGAAUUCUGCCUGGAUCCAAUCUGAAUCAGGAAAAAUUCACAUCAGCUGAUUCUGAAUGCCAGGGACCAGUAAGAAUUUUGAGGGAGGGAGUCGGGCUGAAGUAUGGCUUUCAUGUGAGCAUAGAUACUUUUUUUCUGGCUGAUAAGAGUCUCCUGAAUUUAAUCUUUUUUUUUUUCUUUUUUUGGGGAUCCUCCAUCCAUUGAUACCAUGGCCCCCAAGCAUGAACCAGGUUUCAGGCCAUCAUGGUAUAUCUGAUGGGGGGGGGCAUUCAGUUAUGAAAUACCCUCCACUGGAGAGGGACACUUCCUCCUCAGGGAGGCAAACACAGGCUUUGAUAUAGACCUAGCAUCCUUACUGUCCCACUGCAUUCUCGUGGUGUGAAUGCCUAGGUGCCCUGGGCUCUCCAUGGCUUAUUUCCACUCCUUUGAGGCAGAGAUGUUUUUUGGGAGUGGAACAAAGAACUUUCAUGAUCACCUCACACUCACCCCAUGCAGGCUCUUUUUUAUUCUCUGAGUGGGAAGGAGACCUGUUGAGAAAUUUCUACCCCAAACCCAUCAACAUGCUCAACACAUGUUUUAGCAGCAAAAUCUUAGACCCCUGUAUCUUGGAUUGGUUGACCUCAAGCUGAUAGUAGUUGACCUUGGGGGACUUUGAAAACCCAUGUGUAAGUCUGAGCAAGGCCGGCAGGAAAGCUGUCAUACUCACCAAAUCUUGCUGCCCUUCCCAUGCCUAUAGGCACCACUGUUGCAGACUGACUUCUCCAGUUGCCCUGGUGGGGUACUGUAGAGUGCUGGGUCAGCCCUAUGUAAAUGGGACUUCCCUGACUUCAUUUGACUGUCUCUGCUGCUACUGCAGUGAAAGAGCAAGUAGGCUGAGGUCACAGCCUCGUUUUGCAUCAGGUAACAUUGACUCUGUAUCAACAGAGCUUUCAUCCUAGAAAGUCAAGGGUGUCCUGGAGGGUUGUCGUGAUGGGUUACCAAAAAAGCAACCAAGCCAACUUCUGUUGACACUUUUUGCUGUUUGUUUUUAAAGGCAUCUCACUGUUUUAAAAAACAAAAAACUUUUUAUUCGUGUGGCAAAAUCCACAUGGUAGUUUCUCCCUGGACCAGUGAUGUCAAAUACACAUCUGAGAAUGUUCGUAUACUGGGAGCUGUCCUGGGUCCUUUUUUUUUUUUUUUUUUUUUUUUUUUUUUUUUUUUGGUCAUUUUAAGCUAGUAGGAAGGGAGAAAUGCUGCUGGUUCUCUGGAUAGAUGUUGCGCACAACUGAAAGAAAAUGUGGGAAUUGAUGCAAAGGGCUGCAUAAACUAUUGGAACCUGCUUGCAACUGAUGACCAGAUCUUCCACUCUUUCCAGCCAGAGCGGACAGUCUGCCAUGACGUAUGCUCAUUGGGUUGGGAGGUGUGUAUUUGUAGCUGCCGUAACAUUAGUCAAUGGGCAGGAACACCAUCAGGGCUUGGUCCAUGCUCACCAUCCAGGUACAUGAUUGAAUGUGCUGUGGAUCCCAAACAACAGUCUUUUUCUACUUUGUCAUGGGUGGACGAUUGGGGUUUGGAUGCUGCUUGACACCUGAGACUCUUUAGAAAUCGUGGUUUCAUUGGGAUUGGGGCAUGGGGAAAUGCUGAUUGUAUAUAUGUGAUGCAUAUAGAAUGGUGUUCUUUCAGAAAAUGUUCUAGAGUGUUCUUCAGAAUAUCAGUGUACACCAGAGCCAAGACUGGGAAUAGAAAGAACAUUCAUUCUUUCAAAACACAUGUGAGAAUGCAAUGGAUGUUCAGAGGCUAUAUCUGCAGGGGAAUGUUUCCCUAGGGGUUCCCCCAGGAACAGAGGAAACAAUGACUUUUUGAGCUCACUCCCAAGUUCUCUUACUAGGCAGGGUCCACAACUAGCCUCCAGUCACAUUUUCCUUUGGGCAUGAGCCCUAAAAACCCUCAUUAAAACUCAGAUCAGGAACCUGGGGCUCUCGGUCCCAUUUGAGAAGAAGGAACAGCGCCCCCCACCCCCCACAAAGGGUGUGCAUCCACGCACCCAUUCAGGAAUGGCUUGUUUACUCUCUACCUUGUGUGCCUGGGGUGGGAGGGGAGGGGGUCCAGGCCCUGCAUAUCAGCAGCAGACACCUCCCACCCGCUGACAGGUAGCAGGAUCAAACGUGCCUCAGCCUAACACGGAAAACAACUCAACUCGGAGACACAAAACCCACCCAAAGCUCGAUUCUUUUUUUUUUUUUUUUUCCAAUAUUUUCCUGCAAGAGCCAAGUAGCACCAUGUACAGAAUAUGCCUUUUUUUUUUUUUUGGAAUAUCAAAAUUGCUCUGCAUGUAAAAUAUGGGAUAAUUACUUGUUUAUAUGAAAAUUCGGAAUAAAUUAUCUGAGAAUA